AUGGCUAUUCGCAUCCAGUCGUUGAUUUCGAACGCUAAGCAAAUCUACAAAAUUCAGUCCCUUCUCAAUAGAAAUCAAGUGGACGUGCCAAAAGGCCAUCUGGCAGUUUAUGUUGGGAAAUUUCAAAGGAAAAGGUAUGUGGUGCCGAUAACGUACCUGAACCACCCGUCGUUUCAAGAUUUGUUGCAUCAAGCGGAGGAAGAAUUCGGGUUCAAUCAUCCAAUGGGAGGACUUACAAUUCCAUGCAGUGAAAAUGUUUUUGUUGAACUCACUUCAAGAUUGCAGCUGUAA